CACUUAGCAGAGCGCCCUUUGCCAGCCUGGUGCCCUCCAGAUAUUUCGGACUACAACUCCCAUACAGGCUGGGCCCGCUGGGAGUUGUAGUCCGGAACAUCUGGAGGGAGCCAGGUUGGCGGAAGCCGGGACAGAGAAGGUCGCAAAGUGAGAGCACUCUGCCCUUGCUCAGAGACUCCCUUCCUCCCUCGGCGCUGGCUUCCCCUUUUCCAUGACAACGGGCUGCUCUUGGGCAUAUUUUUGUUUCGCUAAAAAAAAGCCACGAGCGUUCUUCGGGCAGCGGGGACAGCCCUGCGGUGACGCCCGCGGAAGGAAGAGUUUUGAGGCAGGUGCUCAUCCCCCCCCCCCGGUGCCGCUCGCCCAAGCCUCGCCCUGCCGCUGGAUCUCAGCCGAGGCGCCUCCAGGCAGCUGGGAAGGGAAACCACAUGGCACAGGAGCGCGCUGGCAGCAACAAGCGCGCUGCAGAGUCGCUGGAGAGAGGAGAGGAUGACCCGCAAUCCAAUCUACGACUAUCCAGAGCCCUAUGCCAACCCCCGGCACAAGACGGUGGCCUUUCCCCGGAACAUCAGCCUCGUGGGACGACUGCGGCUCACUCAGCCAGUCUGGCUCCAGCUCGGCAUCAACUCAGCCACGGCACUCCACAUCUUACAGCGUGAACCUCCAGGGACAUUUCUGGUGCGGAGAUCAAAUACACGGCAAUGCCAAGUCCUCUGUUUACGCCUCCCUGACAACUCAUCGCCGGCUUUUGUGACAACCUGUCGUUUAUGCCAGGAGCGUGCAGGCAUCUCGCUAGAGGGCUCGGAUUUGACCUUUCCCAGCCUCCUCCAUCUCAUUGCUUCCUACUGCACGACCCCGGACAUCCUCCCUCUCGCUCUGCGCCUUCCUCGGCCCAUCUGGGAGGCCUCAUCCUGCCAGCAGCUGGAGGCCAUUGCACACUUGGGCCUUGAAUUCUGGAACUCUUCCCUGAACACUAAGGAAUUCACCAGGCCAACCCCACCGGGGCCUCCUUCCAGCAUGGACACGGACCCCCCACUUGACCCCAUGAGGAGCACCCAGUCGCAGAACUGUGCGGAGCUGGUGUGCGGACAACCCACCGGAGCCCGUGACAUUCCAACCCUACCAUUGGAUGGACCGCCACGCAGGGAUGUGGGCGCCCGGCGCCAGCACUUCAAGAACGUCAAGAUACAAGUGUCCACAGAGGCCGCCAGCCCCUUGUCACCACCAGCUGCCCCGCCGCCCCCCAUUCCUGUUGGGAAGAAGAAGAAAAAGAACCUCCCCGCUCUGCCCCAGUCUCCUGUCCCUAGUGGGGGAAGCCAACCGUCCAACUGUAACCCGUUUCAAGAUUCCUCGCAGGCCACAGUGAGGUUGGAAACUUACUGCAUACCCCAGAGGAAGGAGGAGGAGACCAUGGCUCCACCUGGGGUUCCCGUUCCCUCUUCAGGGCAGCUGCUGUGUGUUGAUGAAGAGAACCAGCCAGAGGUCUGUUUCCAGGGUUAUUUUCCCAGGAACAUCCCAGCCCAAGAAAGGGACGGGUUAAGCGACGGAGUACAAGGCUUUCUGCACCUUCCUGAAAUUUCUGGAGCUGGGCUUUUCGGGAACUUUGAUGCCGUGAGCAAAGACCAGAAGGCAUUCCCCAAGAAGACAACGGUAUCUGAAUUAUUUGAGGAGGAGGUGAACGACUCCUAACCUAGCUCUCGGAUGGGACUUUGGCGCCUGGGGUUGACCUCUACCCUAGGAGUAGCCAACAUGGUGUCUCCCAGAUGUUCCUGAACUUCAGCCCCCAUCAGUCCCCUCCAGCAUGGCCAACAGUGAGGGAUGAUGGGAGUAAGAGUCCAGCGACAUCUGGAGGGCACCACAUUGGCUACUCCCACUUGACACCUAAGUGCUUAGGCAAGGUGGGGCAAAACAGAGGAAAAUGAAAUGAGGGGAACCUGUGGUCCUCCAGAUGUUCCUGGACUCCCAACUUCCAGCAGCCAGGAUGGCCCACAGUCAGGCAUGAUGGGAGUUGUAGUUGAACGGCGUUCCAGAUUCCAACUCCCAGCAGCACCAGCAGCCAGUGUGGCCCACAGUCAGACAUGAUGGGACUUGGUGUCUGGAAGGAUGCAGCUUCCCCGGCCUUGAUAUAAUGGCAUCCUGCUGGAACUUUCCUUGUGUUUUUUUCUUCCAGCCUGAGGGUGUUUUUUUAAUCUCUCCUUCUUGCUGCUUGAUGGCCUCUCUUUCGGAGGCGGAGGAUGUUAUGCUGUUGUGUUGAGUAGCAUUUUGUUGUUAAUAAAUAUAAGCUCCUCAAUUUUUUAA